GUUCGCCAAGAUUGCGGCGAAUUAUUUUGCCUGUUUUCCAGUGAUUAGUGAGAAGUGAUGAGAAAAAUGUCGGCUUGCUAGUUAUUCAGAGCAUCGGGAAGAAAAAGUAGUUUGUCGGUCCACAAAAGAAGGAUUUCGUACUUUCUAGGGUUUUCCUUUCCUGGAUAAGUUGACGGUGCUGUGUAAUUAUUUAGAUUUUCGUUCCGAGGUAGUGUCCGCUUCGUGAAGCGUAGACAAGCGGCACAAGAUGAGCCAUUCCGAUAGCACGGACACAACCAGCAGCAGCAGUACUAGCAAUGCAAAACCGGAGGAAAAUCAGGACGAACUCAUUAUUAAGCAACAGCGAGAAAUCGAGCAGGAGAUUGCCUGUUCCAAUCCUUUAGUAGGCGACUCUCAGGCCAUCAUAAGUCUCAGCUCAGAGUAUCUCGAUGAUGCUGUUUACAUUUCGAAGGUGAAAGAUUUGUCUUCAAAGUAUCGAGCGAUUCGGCGUACGCGACCAGAUGGGAACUGUUUCUUCCGCGCAUUUGCUUACGCAUACCUCGAGUACUUAGUGAUGAACAAGGAGGAGUUCAGUAAGUUUUACGAGUAUGCGGCAAAAUCUAGGGAGCGACUAACAGAUGCCGGAUUUCCACGUUUCACGAUUGAAGAUUUCUACGAAACAUUCAUGGAAGUUAUCACUAAGGUUAAACCGGAAAAUGAUGAUACGACUAGAGCGCUAGCCGAGCUACAUAAACUUUUCAACGAGCAAGGAUAUUCGGAUUACGUUGUGGUUUAUAUGCGUUUGAUCACCUCCAGUCAUCUACAGGAGAGGGCUGAUUUUUACCAGAAUUUCAUCGACGGAAACUAUACAAUCGUGGAGUUUUGUCACCAAGAGGUUGAGCCGAUGUAUAAGGAAUCCGAUCAUAUUCACAUCAUCGCGAUCUGUUCGGCUUUGGAUGCCGGUGUACGAGUCGAAUAUAUGGACCGAGGCGAUGGAGAUAAUGUGAUUGCUCAUGAUUUUCCGGACGGUUGUAAGCCAAAUGUAUUUUUACUGUACCGUCCUGGGCAUUACGAUAUUUUGUACCCCAACAAAGAGGUGCAGCAGUAAACUAGUGGGAAUAAAACAACCUUUUCCGACUUUUUCAAGCACUCUAUUCUAACCUAGAGAUCUUAACCGCUAGUGAAUCCUCUUAUUCAAUUACAAGUUCAAAUCAAAUAAAAAAUGAAGAGGGA